AUGUGUAAUGAAGAAAUAUCUAAUCCUGCUGUUGUAUACGCUCGUAUCCUUACUUCAACAUAUAUUAAAAUAAAUAAAGAGAAAUUUGAAAAUUUCUUAAAUGGCUUAGAUGUUGAACAAUUUUGCAAACAAAAUGUAGAUCCUAUGUGGAAAGAUGUUGAACAAAUUCAAAUUGUAGCUCUCACAUCUAUUUUAAAAAUUCCUUUAGAAAUCAUAUAUUGUGAUGGACACUCAAAAAAACCACAUAAAUAUACAUUUCCAGAAUCAGAAAGACCCCUAGUAUACUUACUAUAUACUCCUGGUCAUUAUGAUAUUCUAUUAAAUUCUAUUUAA